AUGAAUCAACAUACAUUGUACAAUCCAAUUGAAUCAGUUUUCAACAGUUCAAAUUCUAAUUCACAGUUUCGGUUUGAUUGUGACUUUACAAAUUUUCUAACAUUUUUACAGAACAAUCAAACACUGAAUUCUUUUUCAUCAACAAAUGUGCAUUCCUCUUCUUGUCGAAAUAAAUUCAUGCCAAAUUGUAAAGAGUUAUUUCCGUACACCAUCGAAAACGGACGUACUUCUAUGGAUGAUUCAGUUGAUGUAACAGUAAAACAAAAAACAUCAAAUCACUGGGAGAUCUUCGACAAAUUUAGUAGCAAACUCAAAUAA